AUGGCGCCGCCGCUCGCCGCCCCGCGUUUCCAUGCCGCCCUCCCCCGCGGCCUCCUCCUCCGCCCCCGGAAGCCCCUCCCCACCUGGCGCCGCGCCGCUCGCCCGGACGACCAGGAUUUGUACGUCGACGACGACAUCGGAGACGGCUUCUCGUUCAGCGGGGGGAAGUAUGCGGAAGCCGAAGGCCCGAGUAAGUCGGACGAGUGGUUCGCUCAGGGCAGAAUGGUGAAAGCUCAUGCAUUAUAUGGGAACAAAGAAAAGGCAAAAGAUCCCUUUUUUGGGCUCACCAUGGGUUCAGGAUCACAAUCUUCCGGUGAUGUUUUCAAUUGGUUUUGUGCGGAAGCGGGGAGCUCUUCUAAUCCUACGGUCCUUCUAAUUCAUGGGUUUCCAUCUCAGGCAUACUCUUACCGAAAUGUGCUACCUGUACUAGCAGACAAGUAUCGUUGCAUUGCUUUUGACUGGCUUGGUUUUGGAUUCUCAGACAAGCCUCAACCUAAAUAUGGUUUUGACUAUACUCUGGAUGAAUAUACUUCAGCCCUGGAAUCGUUAAUCGAUGCUGUUGCUCCUGAUAAGCUCUCCAUUGUUGUUCAGGGCUACUUCGCUCCAAUAGUAGUCAAAUAUGCUAAAGAACAUCAGGACAAGUUGAACCACCUUAUACUAGUUAAUCCACCGAUAACUGACAAACAUGCAAAGCUUCCAUCCACCCUUGCAUGUUUCAGCAACUUCUUGUUGGGCGAAGUAUUUUCUCAGGAUCCUCUUAGAGCUAGUGAUAAGGCCUUGACUAGUAGUGGCCCAUACAUGAUGAAGGAGGAAGAUGCUACUGUAUAUAGAAGGCCAUACCUUGUCUCAGGUGCAUCUGGUUUCGCACUGAACGCGAUAACAAGAGCUAUGGAAAAGGAUCUUAAGGCUUACAUUGAGUCCAUGAGAAGCAUAUUAGCGAGCGAUUCAUGGAAUACAAAGACAACAAUAUGUUGGGGCUUGAGAGAUCGUUGGCUCACUUAUGAUGGGGUGGAAGAUUUUUGUGAUGGCCUAAAACACAACGUUGUGCAGCUGCCAAUGGCAGGGCACCAUGCUCAGGAGGAUCGUGGUGAAGAGCUAGGGAAUAUAAUAAAACGUAUACUGAGAGGAUGA